GAAUCAGUUCAUGAAGUGAUUCGGUUCAGUGCGUUCACUCCAAAGAUUCGUUCGUUCGAAUGAAUCGUUCGCGAACGACACAACACUAAGCCUUUCCUUUUUGAGGUGUCGGCUACGCUCCUCCAGCAAUUAGACGGUGACCAAAAUACAGGUGUGGUCGGGAAACGAGGCUCAUCCUAAUUGUGUAACUUGACGCGCUACAGAAGCCUCCUACUGACAGGACAGAAAAUCCCAUCAGCAUGUUUUCUGCUACACGACCUGCGUGUGGUUCUGAAAGCUCCUCUUUUGCUCAAACGUCCAACUGUCACAACCCGAAGAAGCAGAAAGGAAAAAACUCAUUUGGUCCUUCUGUGGAGCCAAAAAUCCUGAUUGAGAGGUACAAGCGCGACGAGAUGCAUGCUGUGUCCUUGCUGCAUAUGCUGGCCCAGUCUUACCAGUUCCACCUGGAGUUCAAGGAAACUGUGACCACAGGGAACACAACAAGGCUGUUAUUUGCCUUUUGCGUGCUAAUUGAUGGCGUUCAGUACAAAACUGGCAUGGGACUAACAAAGAAGGAGGCCAGACUCAAAGCCGCAGAGUUUGCCCUUCAGGAUCUGCUGCCUACUUUGGAAAAAGAGAAGUUCGACCUCCCUAAGGCGUCAGCUUUCCCACUCCUCUUUCCCAAAGAGGAGUUUUUCAAAACAGAUAUCCAAUCCAGUAGUUUUAUUCGAGAGAGGAAGAGUCCUACUAACCUGCAGAUACCAAACGCUGUCAAGAAUCAGCUGAACAUCUUGAUGAACAGCCACCCUCAGUUCUGUGCCUGCGCAGCCACAGUCGCAGCGUUCGUCAUUCAGACCUCCAGUAGAUGUGAGGUGGUUGCUGUCGGCAGUGGCAACUACAACGUCAGGGAGAGCUUGUCAACAAAUGGACGUGUUGUGCACGACUCCCAUGCGGUGGUUACUGCAAGAAGAUCACUUAUGAGAUAUUUCUACCAGCACCUGCUGCUGUUCUACAGCACAACGGCUCAUGUGACCGAGAUGUCCAUCUUCCAGCACAACAAGGGUGGCCUCCUCAGCUUGAAGAGUGGCAUCACGCUGCACCUUUAUGUAAACCAGCUGCCAAAGGGAGCCACGGAGAUCCCCUUUAACCUGUCCCUGAACCCGCUUUCAAUUUCCGCAUGGCAGAUGAAUAACGAGCUCGGCCUGCACCUGUUAGUAGAGGGCAAGGUGUUCCCAGUUCUCACCUUUGAGCACUCUAGCCCCAAGAUGGUCAGCAUGUCAGCCGCAGACAAGCUCGCCCAAUGGCAAGUGUUGGGCUACCAGGGAGCCUUGCUGAGCCACUUUAUCGAGCCUGUCUACGUCCACAGCAUCUUUAUCGGUGACAUGGGGCACGGGGACACUCGUGGCAUCGAGAGGGCCGUGAUCCAUCGCACGGAGACCAUCACCUCACAGUUGCCCAUGUUUUACUGCAUGGUGAGGCCUCACGUCAGCAUGGUGCCGCCGGUGGCCAGUGGCGGCAAUGGCGACGACCAGGUGACCUCCAGUAUCAACUGGUGCGAAGGCGACAGCUCUGUGGAAGUGGUGGAUGGUCUGACUGGCAGGACCGUAGACGAAUCUCCCUUCAAGAGUGGCUCAGCUCUGGCCAGCCGCCUGUGCAAAGCCGCAAUGCUUCACCGCUUCAAGGUGGUAGCCAAAACGGCCCAGAGGCAGGAGCUGCUGGCCACAAGUUCAUACAGAGAAGCCAAGAGAAUGUCCAAGCUGUACCAGGAGGCCAAGAAUGUGCUGAGGGCGUUCCUGUUGCAGCAAGGCUACGGUCCUUGGCCAGACAAGCUUCUGGUCAGUGACACUUUCAACAUGUAAAUGUAUGAUUGUUCAUCCCUGUCCAUAUUGUCUGUCUAAUGUUCUAAAGAAAGGAAUAUAGUUAUGAUAAAUACUGUAUGUACAAGUUUUGUAACAUUUCAUAGUUUCCCAGCUACGUAGCUUUUUCAUUUGACUUACUGCUUAUACGGUAUUUAUUGUUCAUGUUUAAAUCAGUACUUCCCAAGUGUGUCGGAAAUGGCCAGGUUGAGUUCAUGACUUCUUUGUAUUGUACUUACUUUCCACAGUAAAACCUUCCAAACUGAAA